AUGGAUGAGAAGUAUGCACUUGGAAAGUCGAAGCGUAAAAGCUCAACUGUUACAUAUUCCCAUCAUUUGUACGUAGAAGUUUUUUGUGCUACUAUUGAUUUGCAACUUUCGGAGCUUAACAGUCGUUUUAGUGAAGUGAAUACUUCUCUGCUUCUUGGUAUGGCUAGUUUGAGUCCCGAUGAUUCUUUUGCGAAUUAUGAUAAAAACAAGAUUAUGAAACUUGCUACAUAUUAUCCAAAUGAGUUCACUGCUUCUAAGUUUGAAGAUCUUAAUUAUGAGCUUGACAACUAUAUUGACUAUGUGCGAGAAAUGGACAAUGCAUUCUCUAACUUGAAAGAGCUUGGUGAUCUGUCGAAGACAUUGGUUAAAACAAAUAUUCACAAGACAUGGGGACUUGUUUAUUUGCUUGUGAAGCUGAGUUUGAUAUUACCUGUGGCUACUGCAACGGUUGAAAGGGCUUUUUCUUCAAUGAAGUUUAUUAAAAAUGAUUUGCGAAGUAGGAUUGGUGAUGACUUUUUGAAUGAUUGUGUAGUUUGUUUUAUAGAGGAUGAAGUAUUUGAAAGUGUAUCUAAUGAUGCGAUCAUUGAUUGUUUUCAAAACAUGACAACUCGUCGAGUGCAAUUGAAAUGA